GCCCAAAUUCUCGCGGGUCGAAAAUAUUCGGAUCCUAUAAAAACAUUGGUUUCCUGAUCUAUUUCCUCAUUUUCAUUUUCGUUUCAUUUUCAAAUCACACUGUUCUCAUUUAAGAGAGAGAAAGUGACGGUUCUUCUUCAUCUUUUCGCGCCGAUCGUUUUUCUUCCAAAUCACGCUUCACUUCUGGUCGUUUUUGGUUCAAUUCUGCUAUUUAUUCUUCCGAAAUUGGCUCAAGCUCCGUUAUUGUUCUUUGUCUCUUCGAUUUUGUAUCAAAAUGGCUAGAACAAAAAAUGCAGCGAAGACAUCUGAGGAUGAUCCUCAUAUUAAGAAUGCAGAUCCUGAUUUAGUGAAACAGACACAAGAAGUUGCUGCUGAUGUAGGGUAUGAGGCUGUUCCGUCCAGAAAAGGGACAAAGAAAACACAAAAAGUGAAGUUGGAGUAUGUAGAGCCUGAUGGUAAAACAAUUGAGUUGGAUAGGGAUUUUACACCCAUCUGUAGACCAGAAGCUCUCAUUAAUAUGCUAUCUAUCAUCAAGGAGAAAGACAAACAAGUCAAGGCCAUAACUGAAAUUGGAUUUGGUGGCCUGCUGUCUAUUCGUCUUCCUGAUAUUAACAAGAAGCUUAGUUGCUGGAUUCUUGAGAAAUUUAACAGUGUUGGUCAUAUGCUGCAGUUUGGGGAAGGCCGGAAAUAUGGUGUGCAGCUAUAUGAUUAUGAUGUGUAUGACGUGUUUAGGCUGCCCUUGGUGAAAGGUGUUGAUGUUGAAGAAACACCCAGGAAGAGGGUUGAGGGAGAUGGAACGUUUGAAAUGAUCCAGAGGUGGUUUAGAAAAUAUAACAAAAAAGACAAUGUGCAAUCUGCUGCUUUGUCUGAGGUGGAGAUUUAUCUUGCAAAUACUAACGAGUACGGAAAUGAAUUCAAGCGUGCGUUUGUGAUUUACGCUUUAGGUGUUUUCUUGGCUCCCACGUCUAACCGUUUGGUAGACAUUAAGCUUCUUAAGGCAGUAGAGGAUGUUUCAAAAAUUGCGAAACAAAAUUGGUGCAAGUACGUGCUUGACCAUUUGGGGUUGGCUGUAUGUAGGUGGAACGAAAAAAUUACUAAUACUAGAGUUGGCGGUUGUUUACAAUUUUUGGAGAUUAUAUAUCUUCAAAGAGCUUUAUUCCGUGGUGUAAGUCCGCCCAAGGAGAUUCCGCUUGUGCAACAUUGGUCUCCUGAUGAAGUAUCUGAACGUGUAGCUGCUGAGGUGAAAAUGGGUUUUGGGCUAGCUGCUGUUGAUUUAACGAGCUAUCCUUUGUCAAAGUCUCUUGGUGAUUUGUCGGGGAUACCUCAUUCUGCAUCGGGAAGUAAGAUGAUUGAGUUUGCUAUUCCUGAAGGUUUUCAGACAAAUGAUGAUAUUGAAAAGAGCUGCGAUGAUGAGUUGGAAGUAGCAUUGAAAAAGUAUUGCCGGGAUUUAUACAUUGUUUCCAAUUUUCAUCAGCAGCAUAUCAGUACGUUAAAGAAGGGAAGACAACAAUUGUCAGAUAGUCCUGGUUAUGGAGAUCCGGUAUUUUUGGAGAUUAUAGACUCCAUUGUUGCAUAUGCUGAAGAUCUGAAGAAAAAUAACAGUUGUGCUGCCGGUGCUGGUAAUGAUGCAUCUGAAAAGAAUGGUGUUGCUUCUGGUCUUGCCGGUGCUGGUAAUGAUGCAGGUGAAAAGAAUGGUGUUGGUGUUGCUUCUGGUUCUGUCGGUGCUGGUAAUGAUGAGGCUGAAAAGAAUGGUGCUGCUUCUGGUGCUGCCGGUGUUGGUAGUGGUGCAGGUGAAAAGAACGCUCCUGCUUUUGGUUCUGUUGGUGAUGGUAGCGGUGCAGAUAAAAAGAAUGAUGCUGCUUCUGGUUCUGUUCCUUCAACGAGUGAUACAUCUGGUGGUCGUCAACCAGAAAAUGAUAAUCUUUGUUGCAACAUAGCACUUGGUUCACCUGAUGAAGAAGUUUUCUGUGUAUCUGCAUUCAUGCUUAGGUACCCUAAGACUCUCUCCCAAGAGGCAAAGCUUGAAAAAGAGGUUCUGGACUUCUGUUUUCUUGAAGAUGAGUGUGUUGAUCCAAAGGCUGAACUUUUUGUUUAUGGUUUGGUUCAUAAGAUAACAAGAGAAGAGAUGCAAAGUUUGCUCCCUGAUAGGAAAAUCUUAUCCAAUAUUGUCGAGUCUUGGGCCAUUCUAUUAAAUAGAAAGCAAUUUGAGCUGAAUUAUCAAGGGUGUAACUUCUAUUUCGGAAUUGAGUAUACGAUCAAGCUAAAAGAUCUUGUUUCGAAUGAGAAGUCAAUGGACUCUGAACAACAAAUUUCUGAAGAGCUUUUAAGUAGUUGGAAACAUUGGGUGGAGGACAUCAAUGACCACCGAUGGGAUCUUAAAACUGUUUCCAUGUUUUACUUGCCUAUUCAUUAUGGGGAGCACUUUUCUCUUCUAAUUGUCAACUUCAACAGUAAAACUCUUGUAUAUGUUGACAACGUCAUUUCUACGAAGAAGGUGUUGUCUAUAUACAGGACAAUAAUGUCCUUUAUGAUUGAAGCGUUCUACAAUUACUUGAUGGAAAUUGGGAUUAUGCCACAGGCUAUAUCACAAUGUAACCCCUACACAGAAUCAACAUUACAGCAGCCUGCAACAACAAUAAAACAGCAGGAGGCAAGCCCAAUUAACCUUAUUGCUUCAUCAUAG